UAUUAUAAGUUAAUAAAUAAAAUUAACCUAUUAGAGGAAUAUGGCAUACCAUGUUUGCACCACACAAUUCAAAUCUAGAUAAAAUAAAGCAAGACUUGGUUGACUUGCACAAGUCUAUGGCUGAUUGAAACGUGCAAGACUUGUUGAAAUUAAAAUUGAUAUGACCAAUGGCGGAGUCACAUAUUCAUCUAAAAAAUACAUUGUGUAGGUAUGUAAAAAUAUUUUUUAUGUAUAUAUUACAUAACGAUACUCUUUGAUUUUUUUAUGAGUUUACUUCUUUAUAUUUUGAAUUUUUUUGAUAAAAAUUUUAAUUCUGCCACUAAAUAUAACAGAAUGAAUGAGGAAAAGUAUUUUUUUUCAAAAUCAUGAAGACCAAAAGGGAGACUUCAUUGCUAUUUGAAGUCUCAAAAUCACAUGUUAUGGAGCCUACCUACAAAUUUAUGCAAUAAUGGAGAAAGUCUUCACAUUUUUUCUCUUAACACUCUUGUUGCUUCUGGCUAGUUCAGCCAUGACUCAAACCAACGUUACCACUGAUCAAUUAGCUCUUUCGUCCUUAAAAUCUCAAAUCAUUUCCGACCCCUCUAACUUCUUGGAUGAAAACUGGUCUCCCGCUGUUUCUGUUUGUCAUUGGGUUGGAGUCACUUGUGGUUCUCGUCACCAACGAGUGAAAUCUUUGAAUCUUUCUAACAUGGCUCUUACUGGCAAGAUUCCUCGUGAAUUUGGAAACCUCUCAUUUCUUGUUUCUCUUGACUUGGGAAGCAACAAUUUCCAUGGAAAUUUGCCUCAAGAAAUGGCACGCUUGCGUCGGCUUAAGUUUCUUGAUUUAAGUUUCAACAGCUUCAGUGGGGAGGUUCCUUCUUGGUUUGGGAUUUUACACCAACUUCAAGUUCUAAAUCUUAGGAAUAAUAGUUUCACUAGUUCCAUCCCUUCUUCAUUUUCUAAUAUAUCCACACUUGAGACUUUGAAUCUGAAUUUCAAUUCUGUAGAGGGUUAAAUCCCAAAAGUGAUUGGAAGUCUCAUAAACCUUAGAGAACUAAAGUUAAGGGGCAACAAGCUCAUAGGUUCCAUUCCUCUGUCACUCUCGAAUGCCUAGAGGUUGGAGACUUUAGAUAUAACUCUUAAUUCACUUCAAGGAAACAUCCCAGAAGGGAUCGGCAAUCUUCACAAUUUACAAGAUAAUCAACUUACGGGGUCUAUACCAUUCACAAUUUUCAAUAUUUCUAGGAUUAAAAUCAUUGCAUUUACCUACAAUAGCUUAUCCGGAAAUCUCCCCAAUAGUUUAUGCAAUGGUCUCCAAAUACUCCAAGAGCUUUAUCUAUCCGCAAACAAGCUUCAUGGUCAUAUGCCUACAAGCUUAUCAAAUUGUUCCCAACUUCAACUAUUGUCUUCAUCAGAAAAUGAGUUUGAUGGACCAAUACAUAGUAAAUUGGAAGAUUGAGUAACUUGCAGAUAUUAGAACUCUCAUAUAACCAUUUCACAGGUGAAAUACCCAAAGAGAGAAGCAAUCUAGUUGAGUUGAAGAAACUUGUUCUUGGGAUUAAUAGUUUUAGUGGUUCACUUGAUAUGGAGAUCUUCAACAUAUCAGGGCUGAGAAUAAUUGAUCUUUCAGUCAACAAUCUAUCAGGAAGCCUCCCACCAAACAUGUGUUCUAUCUUACCCCACAUUGAAGUGCUUUAUCUGCACAACUUAACCAAUCUUGUUGGGACUAUUCCUCAUUCCAUCUCCAAUUGUUCAAAACUUAAUAAUCUAGAACUUUCAGAAAACAAACUCACUAGCUUGAUUCCCAACUCACUUGGAUAUUUGACUCAUCUACAGUUACUAAAUUUACCGGGAAACAAUUUCACCAGCGAUUCAGCAUUAAGCUUCCUGACUUCCUUAGCCAAUUGUAGAAAUUUAACAGUUCUUGAUAUAUCUUUUAACCCUCUAAAUGGCAUGUUAACAGCCUCCAUAGGGAACCUUUCUACAUCUCUUAGAAAAUUUAUCGCCAUCAGUUGUAAAAUCCAAGGGCGAAUUCAAAAUGAAGUUGGGAACUUAAGCAGCUUAUUAUUCCUUGAUCUUUCUGGAAACAAUUUGGCAACUUGAGAAACCUUCAGCGCUUCGACUUGAGUAACAACGAAUUAACAGGAUUUGUUGGAGAUCAUAUAUGUAAACUGCAGCGUUUUGGGGAAAUUUACUUGGGUCAAAAUCAACUUUCAGGAUCUCUUCCUAAUUGUUUAGGGAAUAUUACUUCCCUUAGGGAGAUACAUCUGGGUUCCAACAAAUUGAGUUCCAAUAUACUACCAAGCUUAGGGAACCUUCAAGAUCUAGUGGUUCUUGACUUAUCAUCAAACAACAUGGUAGGUUCUUUACCUCCAGAAAUUGGAAAUCUAAAGGCUGCGACACUGAUAGAUCUGUCAAUGAAUCAAUUUUAAAAAAGAAUUCCAAGAGAAAUUGGAGGAUUGCAGAGUUUGGCAAACCUUACUUUGAGACACAACAGGUUGCAAGGAGCUAUACCGGACUCAAUGAGCAACAUGGUAGGUUUGGAAUUCCUAGACCUUUCAUAUAACAAUAUAUCUGGAAUCAUUCCUAAGUCUUUGGAGAAACUUCAAAACUUGAAGUAUUUCAAUGUUUCUGUCAACAAAUUCUAUGGUGAAAUACCCUCGGGAGGUCCUUUCCAGAACCUCUCGAGUCAGUUUUUCAUCCACAAUGAAGCAUUGUGUGGUUCUUCAAGAUUUAGUGUCCCGCCAUGCCCCACUUCUUCAAAGCAUAGAUCUAGUAGGAAAAAAUUACUAGUUCUUUUUCUUUUGCUGGGAAUUGCACUAGUAGUUGUUCCUAGAACCUUUAUUUUUUUCUGGAUAAGGUAUAGAAAAGGUAAAAGAGCUCCUCAACAAGCUGAUUCAUUGUCUUCCAUAACAAGAGAAAGAAUUUCAUACUAUGAAUUGAUCCAAGCAACUGAUGCGCUUAGUGAGAGUAAUCUGAUUGGUUCUGGAAUUUUUGGCUCUGUUUACAAAGGUAUUCUCAGAAGUGGAACUGCCAUUGCAGUUAAAGUGUUCAACCUGCAACUGGAUGCGGCAUUCAAGAGUUUUGAUACUGAAUGUGAAGUUUUGUGCAGCCUUCGCCAUAGGAAUCUCGUUAAAGUCAAUACUAGUUGUUCCAAUCUUGAUUUCAAAGCUUUAGUGCUUGAGUAUAUGCCUAAUGGAAGUCUUGAGAAGUAUCUGUAUUCGUACAACUACUUCCUUGACACCAAGCAGAGACAAAGCAUAAUGAUAGAUGUGGCAUGUGCUUUGGAAUAUCUUCACCAUGGGUGCUCGUUGCCUGUGAUUCACUGUGAUGUGAAGCCUAGUAACGUCUUGCUGGAUGAAGAUAUGGCUGCCCGCCUCAGCGACUUUGGCAUCUCAAAACUGCUUGGUGAAGAUCAGGGUGAUUUGUACACUAAAAUCUUAGAAACAUUGGGGUAUAUUGCGCCAGGAACGUCUCUUAGUUUUGCUGAUUAUCCCUUUCUUUUUUUCCCACCUAGAAAGCAUAUUGCAUAUUUAAAUGUAUUGUUUGACUGUAGAGUAUGGACUGGAUGGACUAGUGUCAACAAAGUGUGAUGUCUACAGUUAUGGGGUCAUGUUGCUGGAAACGCUUACUAGGAGAAAGCCUAAUGAGUUUGAGGGCGAUCUUAGCUUGAAGAAAUGGGUGAGUAAUUCACUCCCAGAGGCUGUAAUGGACGUCAUAGAUAUCAACUUGGUAACACCGACGGGUAAUCACUUGCAGAAGGAGCUAGAUGUUGUGGCUUCAAUCAUGAAUCUUGCAUUAGAUUGUUGUGCUGAAUCUCCGGCAAGAAGGACAAACAUGAAAGAUGUUGUCGGGAUGCUACAGAAAAUCAAGAUUCAACUUCUUGCAUGCUGAGCUUGUUCUCGGAAUCUCUUGUUUCAAAUCACUCUGUUUGUUGCAAAUGUUUGCUAAAUUGAUUGAUUCAUGUGAAGAUUGCUUCUAUUUUUUUUUUAAGCACUUGCCUUUUGCA